GAAGAAAAAGGAAAAAACAACCCCGAAACUUCUAGCAUAAGAGUGUUAGCCAGAUUAUGAUUUUUUUUUUUUCCCCCAGACUGAUGGCUGGUAUUUCUUUGUCCCACACAUUUAGGAGAUUUGGUUAUACAUUCUGAUAUGUUGUCUGACUAGAAUAUAUGGCAAAUUUUAGUUUCUAGAGUCACAUUUGGCUGACUUUAAAAUAGCAGAAGGAUCCUAUUAUACUAUUCUUUGACCCUAUUAUAUUUACGUUACUGGACUCUUUGUGAUAGCCUCUAGCUGCUUUCUAUCUGUGUCCUCCUUGAGCAAAAUAUGCUCAACAGUAACUAGAAGCAGGGUGUAGUAUUAGAAAUCAAGUUCUCAUGUGAAAUAUGUAUUUCUGCACAGCAUCAUGAAAGCAAAAGGUUUAUUUAAUACUCGUCAAUCCCUGAAGACAUAGUCCAGCAUUAACAAAUAAUAAUAAAUAAUAAUAAUACUAUAAUAAUGUGGCAAUCCUAGUGUGAAAACGCAUAUGACCCUUAGGUUUUCCUAAAGAUUUUCAGAAUUCUCCCCAUUAGUACAACUGGUGGUGGACAUUGCUGUUGCAUUUCCCAGUGAAACGUUUAAAAGACUGUAAAUGGUGUGUGCAUUACUACAUUGCAGAAGGAAGAGGUCAGGCUAAAUUGCACUGGUAUUUAAACAUAAUCAUACUAUGAAAAUAAAUCAAAACAUCACGUAAAAGGAGUAUUUUAAAUGUUACACACGUUUUCUUUCUGGAAUGACACGGCUAAGCUGUACCCUGUGAGCAUAUAUAUUUUAACACAAGUUUACAAAAAUAAAAGUGUAUGAUUUUCAACAAAUGGGAAUAGGUCUACAGCGAAGUAUUGAGAAUAUUAUUUUGCUCUUUCUUUCCUAAUGAGGUUUAUCCUUCGGCCAGACAGUUGUAAGACUGAAAUACUACUGGCUAUAGAGUGUAGAUUGCAGAUUGCAUGCUACUCAAUGUGAAAAGGAGCACAUUUGAUUGAUCGCCUCUGUGUGUGUGUGCGUCCAUACACACAACUCUCUGUAGUUGCAUGUGUAUGUAUUUGGCAAAACUGGGCAUCUCUGGGCGUCCUUAUCUUAAGAAAUGUGAGUCAAACAUCCAUUCCUUUAAUCAUGUUCAUCUUUGAUCACCAGCAAGGGUGACACAGUCCACAAAAUUAACAAAGAAACUCCCUUGCUUUUGAGAGACAGCUACAUGUACAUCUGGGUCUGCACACACAUGCACAUGGACACACGAACAUGCAGGCAUACAUCCCAGUAAGUAAAUUACGGCAUAACUUUUCAUGUAAUUGACACCAGACACCUUUAAUUUUUCAUUUUCAUUCUUUUGACCAGCUUUCACAUUAACAAUCUAAGCCGUAAAUGUUGGUGGCUAUUGAUUGCAAUCCCCUGUGUGCGUGCAAAUCCAUUUUCAAGUCCCCUGCCUUUAAUGUGCAUGUGCGUGUGCAAGGGGCCUCUGACGGCUGUUUGUCAGGAUCUCCCCCAGCCUGUUUGAAGACGACCCCGGAUACACAACAUGUGCUGAUGGCCAAGGGAAAGCACACACACACACACAGACACACACACACAGACACACACACACAGACAUGCACACAGACACACACACAUGCACACACAUACGCACACAAAAAGAUCCAAACCAAAUGAUGGAGAAAUAAAGAAACAAAGCUCUCUUGUGUGAGAUGCAGAGAAAUACAUGCAACCGAAAGUGUAAGUAUACGGUGGGGAUGUGUAGGUUGGGCGCCUGACAUUUCCCAAGACUUCUCGUGGGCUUCUCCCUGCCGACAUCUGGAGCUGCCUCGACCCCAGUGCUCAUGGCCGCACCUUUUGGGAGCCCGAGAUUUGCCGAAAAGCCGUCACUAGUUUUGAACAUUUGGUAGCGCUGGAAUUUUUUAAUAAAUAAAUAAAUAAAUAAAUGACAUUUUUUAAAUAGUUGCCGAAUCCCACUGCCAGGCUAUCACCGGCAGUGAGUGGGUGCGGGUCUGUGUGCCCGUGGCUCCCUGCAUGUGAACGCACGCGUGGAUUUACACGGGAAUCCUCCCCACUGAACUACCUGACAAAUAAAGGACUUUUCAGCCCAUCGGAGUUUUGGGUAAUGUCUUCUGAGCAGCUUUCUCGGAGUUUACUGUUCCUUUACUGUCGACUCCAUAGCCUUAACCUUAAAGCAGGGGGAGGAGAGCAGUAGGGAGGGGGUGGGGGUGUUCGCAGCAUAUAAGUACAUCAGGAGGAAUUUUUAAACGACCUUAUUGUCUCUAGCUCUAGAAAGACCGCGAUGAUUUCUUUUUAGCGCCAGCAGCUGUUUUCUCUUGAAACUUUGCUUUUUUUGCCUCUCACACGAGCGAGCAGGAGAAAGGCAAGGCUGGGGGAUCCAGAUGCGAGGAGAGGGAAGGAAGGAGAACUCCGCGGAUGGUCUGAGCUGUGCCGAGGCAUUGUUCACUGCUGCCUCUCGGUUACGUUUAAAGGCUGAAAUAUCACGAGAUCCACUCAAUGAUCCUUUUCUAAUUCGAAGGACAAAAUGUAAUUUGCUGUAGCUCUGCUUUCUCGGAUGGGAAUACUAUCCCUUGGUUUCAGAGGAAGAACUAGGCAUCGCGGUUCGCACACACAUGGAUUAAGUUGAACAGCGGCGAUUACAUCUGCACGGAGAGCAACAGUAGUCCAGGGCUGACUUUUCAAAUCUCAGCUCUCGGAGUUAGAGGCUCCCUUGAAUAGACUUCCUCCAUUCCCGGAUGCACUUCUCCAAAUUCCCACUUCUCUCUCGAAUUCCUGUGAAAUUGGGGGCUUGCCUGCAUUUCGCCUUGGCAUGCAAAACGGCGUUUUCACAGAGUGAUUAUGCGCUUUCUUUUAGCUGUACCUGACGGGGUAACACGAACUCCACGCACCAUAUUGCCAACACGCGGAGUGGAUAUUGACGUUCGGGAUUGAAGAUUUUUUUUUUUUUUUUUUUCCUCUGCCGAUUUUUUUGCCAAGUCACAGCAGUAUGAGAUGUCUCAUUAAUCUCGCGGAUGUGUCUAAUUCUGGAUGUGCAGUGAUACAUAAAAGUGCUGGUGUUUGUAUCCAGCGGAACACUGGAUGCACGGCAGAGAUUGGUGAUUUUUUUUUUCGCAGCGCCUAACGUGCAAACCGCAAGCAUCACUUAAACGUGACAAGGGAGAGGCAUGCAGCUAUCGCAACAUUUGUGAAAUCCUCCUUCUUGACACUCGAAUAAUUUAACGUUCCUAAGAAGAGGUUAAACCUUCAUGCUGCUUCUUCAAAUUGAUUUUAAGGGACUGCUAUAAAUGGAGCAUCAAAAAGCUUCGGCAGGGCUACUCCGAGCGAAAUAUGCAAACUGCGAGCCAGAAGCAUCCUAGCCCGAUGCAAUAUCGUACAUUGUGUAUUCCAGCACUUUUUUGUUAUUACGUAAAGGCUCCUGGAAGCACCUUGGAUAUUUUACAUUCUCCUUUCUCUGCUGGAAGCAAUCAGCACACAGGAAUCCUGACGUGGGCUCUGGGACUAUAGGACAUUCCAGCUCGUGAUCCAGCACGGUUAAUCGCGAAAAGUGUAUACAUUUCUGGCUUAUCUAUGCUUUGUUAUGGGUCUGACGUGAGCUCACGUCCUCCUCCCCCCUCCUGCAAUAUUACAGGCAGAAUUUCAGUUAAAAGUGUUAUAGUAUCACGGUGCGAGAACCCGUGAUAUUCAGACAGCAAAAAUAACCUUAGUACCCGGCUAUAAAAAGCUAAUUAAGCAGAAGAGGAAAAUCAAGAGAAACUCGAAAAUGUAAGUACUCCCUCUCGUUAACAACCGAACAUUUAACUUUGGAGCCUCAGAAGGGGAAAUACCAGGCUGUUCUGCACGUUUUCGCUAAGCUUCAUUUUCCACACAAUGCAGAAUAAAACGCUGUUUUAAAGCGGCUACAUUACCGAAGGAUUUUCCAUCGCUACGAUCAGACUUAUGUCCUUUAAAUUCAUGGCAUGCACAAAAGAACAACGUUUGUCCAAAACAGGCUGAAAAUAUACGGAACGAUAGGGGGAAAAGGCAUACAAAUCCUUCCUCCGAAGCUAGCGACGAGGAAGUCUGAGAGGGCUGAGUGUGUUUGAGCUUGGAUUGUUUAAUAGAAAGAUUUAUAUACUAACUGUAUUAUUUACUUUGGGAGGGGAGGUGGCAGUAUAAGGGUAUGCUAAUUAGUGGGAGAUUUUUUGGGGGAAGGGGUGGAAUAUCAAUUUUUAUUGCAUCACCUGUCAGGAGUGUCCAAUCAGCGUUGGCUUUAGGGGAAUUAAUUGAUGAAGGUGUCUCCGGACGAGCUCACUUCACUCUGUCAUUUUAUUUGUAGCUAAAGCAGCGGCGGGAAUAGCAGCUGCAUUUCUUUUCUCUUCCUCCCUUCACAUUCCAUUAUCAUAGUUUCCAAUGGAAAAGCAGGGAAUGAAAGGGAACAGGUACUGAUCUUCAGCAGCAACUUAGAGAAACACUUUGGCAAACCUGAUUUUUAAGAUUAUAUAUUGAUUGUAGUCUCACGGUAUUUUUUAAUUUAUUUUUUAAAAUUUUGUUUAAAGUUUGGCACUUCAUUCACCAGGAAUAACAGCCUUUGUUAUAUUUUAUUAGCAGGAUGCCUUGAGACAAAUACAGCAUCUGGCUGAGGAUUGUGUGUGUGUGGCUUUUUUUUUGCUUUUUUUUUUUGCUUUUUUUUUUUUUUUUUUUCAUCUCUCCCUCUCUCUGCAAAUGCUGGGAAUAAUUUAAUUCACGAAAUGGGAGACCUGAAGUCGGGUUUUGAAGAGGUGGAUGGCGUGAGGCUCGGCUACCUCAUCAUUAAAGGAAAGCAAAUGUUUGCACUCUCCCAGGUUUUUACAGACCUGCUCAAAAACAUCCCGCGAACUACCGUGCACAAGCGAAUGGAUCAUUUAAAAGUAAAAAAACAUCACUGCGACUUGGAGGAGUUGAGGAAACUCAAAGCCAUCAACUCCAUCGCUUUCCACGCCGCCAAAUGCACCCUGAUCUCCAGAGAGGACGUGGAAGCCCUAUACACAUCCUGCAAAACCGAACGGGUUCUUAAAACGAAACGGAGGAAACUAAGCCGGGCGCUGUCUGCCACCGAUCUCCGGCCGGAGCUCGCUCCCGCCGACCCCUUCUCCGGCUUCUGGAAGGAGAACAAACUUUGGCUGGGUCUGAGCGACUCUCCUCGGCCGCUGCUGCCUGUCCGGAGGAAAGCUCUGCGCCCGGGGGACACAGCCUUGCUACCGGCCGCUCAUCUACCUCACAUUUUUAGUAAAUACACUGGCCACAGCUACCCAGAAAUCGCUCGGGCGCCUUGCAAAUCCCCCGUAAACUAUGAAACGGCGCCGGCG